AUGAACUCGAGUCGGUAUAAAUUUGAUAUCAGUCACGUUCGCGUUCACGAGGAACAUCUGCUAAUCGAGCUGCCAUUUCAGGCUCCUGGACUUGUCCCUGGUUUCUUAAGCUAUUUGGUCCAAUGCUUUCUCGCCGUAUUUACCAAUCGCGAUGUGAUCUUUCGUUAUCUGUGUUUUGAGUUCGCUGUCCUUAAGACGAAGCAGAAAAAGUUAUUUCGAGCAGCGGAGCGCUGCUGCUGUGUCCGCCCCAUACUCUCGUCAUUCACACUGCCGAAGAAAAUGACUCCUCAGAAAACAAACCUUUCUCAAGACGCUCGUAGUCUGUUGUACAAUACGGGUCAUGCUUGGUGGAGCGUCUUCGUAUAUGCAAGUAUCCAAUUCGACCCGGAUGUCGAAUUAUCGCUCCAACCAGCAGAGGCCAAUUUCGACAAUAUUCUUGUUCGAAAACCAGGCUAUUCAAGCCGUUGCUGCGUACCAGUCAGGGCACGAAAAGCCGGCUGGCUGGAAGCUGAAGUAAACAAGCUCGCGAUUGGCAAGCACGCGGCUCAUGGCCCAAGACCCAAAAGUACCGGGUCGUUGCAUGAGCUGGAGGGACAAACUCGUGGUUCUUGCUUGUUCCCGAGACUUUUCUUGCCUGCAGCCAUGCGCUCGGGACUGGCCCUACGAGAAAUAACUGUCUACGCAACCAUCACCACCCCCACAAUGCUGCCCCAAAUCAUCGCCCCCUGGACUUUCCUGGCCGUGUCAUGGUUUGUUGCGGCCGUACCAACAGCUUCAAACGGUGCUCAGCUCCAACAGCCCGUGUAUGGAAUAAAAGGCCUACAAACUGGGAUCAACAGACAAACAGGCUCAGCUCGACCGGCUCGUAGAAACAUUCUGGAUCUUCAGAAGGACAUUCCAGCGUGGUCUCUGUAUAUACAAGGUCUCUCCGCGUUCCAAAACCAGGAUGAUGACUACUUCCUGUCGUUCUCCCAGGUUGCGGGCAUCCAUGGACGACCAUAUAUUAAAUGGGGUAAUGCUGAACAAGGCCACAAUGCCCCCUUAACAGGAUACUGCACGCACGGCUCAGUCCUCUUCUUGCCCUGGCACCGACCAUAUCUAGCACUUUUCGAGGAAUUGAUCGGUGCUCUGAUUCAAGACAUCGUUAAGGCCUAUCCUGCCGAAAAUUAUGCUACUUAUAAGGUUGCCGCUGACAACUUCCGAAUUCCUUACUGGGACUGGGCAAGUAUACCAACAAUGCCUGAUGUGGUCAAUCAACCUACCGUCCAAAUCGAAACACCGUCCGGUCCCCAGAAUGUCACCAACCCGACGUUUCGAUACAAUUUCAAGAACUUCCCUCUAGAUCCAGUGAACUUUCCAGCUACCGAGGACUUGGCCUGGGAUGCUUGGUUGGCGCGUUAUCCGCAUACUGUGAGAGGUGCAGAGCAUGAUGGUGAUGAGUCUAAUAUCGACAAUGCAAAUAAUGCCUUGCGGAGUGUCGACCUUAAGAGCAUGACUUGGUACGCCUUGGUCAAGCCCGUCACCUUCAACGAGUUCGGAACUGAAGCAACGGGAGGCAUUUCAAUCGAGAGCCCCCAUAACCAAGUACAUGGGUCUGUCGGAUUGAAUUCCGGCCAUAUGUCAUACUUGAGCUAUUCUGCCUUCGAUCCACUCUUUUGGUUGCACCAUGCCAAUGUGGAUAGAUUACAUGCCCUGUGGCAAGUCAUCAAUUCGAAUUCGAGCCUCACUCCACAAAUCGAAGAAGUCGGCACCUUUACGUUGGCACAAAACACUAUGGCUAGCAACACCACACCUCUGACACCAUUCCUGACUUCUGCCGACGGCCCAUACUUCAACUCAAUCACCGCGCAACAAAUCAGUACUUUUGGCUACACGUACCCCGAGAUCCAAGACUGGAAGUUAUCUCCAGCCGAGCUCAAGAAAGACGUCAGCGCGGCAAUCAACAGAUUAUACAAUCCGAACCCUCCAAUUGCCAAGCGUGGAUCAGGCAAUAUGGAUACGAGAGAUUUGCUUCCUGGCCAACGAACUCGAGAAUGGUCCGUCGGUCUCCGCGUCUCCAAGUUCGAUCUAAGCGGCGAGCGUUUCAUCGUCCGACUGUUUCUUGGCGGUGUUCCUCAGAACCCAAAGGAUUGGGCUAUGAGCUCUGCUUGCGUUGGAUCCUUCCCAGUUUUCCCGCCACCAACCCCCAAGGUUGGACCGCUUCCUGUGGUGGAAGCUUUUUCGGAGCUCAGCUUGAUGGAAUGGCUGAAUAAGAAUCGAAUGAACACACCAGACACGGCUGCCAUGAGCAAGUACCUGCAGACGAAUCUGGAGUGGAGAGCGCAAAAAUUUGACGGGACCGUUGUGCCUAUUGAAAGCCUCCCCAAUCUGAUCGUCACUGUACAAGACGAGAUGGUCACCAUGGGCGGAGCCAUCACGGAGCUGCCGCACUAUGGGGAGAAGACUGUGCACGUCGAGGUUACUAAGGGUCGCCGAGGUGGGUACGGCGGAGCGUCUUGA